AUGGACGCUGGUUCCAGAGUACACCAGCCUGAGGCUAUUUCGAAUCCAGAACCCACGCUUCAGAAUGCAAUGUCAAUCUGUGGCGCAUCUCCAAACCCAACUGUCCAGAAACGUAGCCCAUCCCCGACAAACGAUGAGCCUUCCAAGCGUGCAAAGACAGACGGGGAUUUUGCCGGACCUAGCGGUGACAACCAGCAGCUGGAUAAUGAGAAUGAGGCAUCUGGAGUCGGCAUCGCCGACCAGGCUGAAGAAGUCCCGGAAGUCAUCGAGUCCCGUGAUAACGACACAGUAGAUGCUCCCAGAAUCCGUCUUCCGUAUGGGUUCCCGCCUAUUUCCCUGGACAAAUUGCAGGAACUCAGGGAGUGGCUCGCAAGCCAUGCCAAUCUCAAAGGCGAUAAUCAGGUUGCCACUGGGAUCCAUACCCAGCUUUUGAAGUCGAUUGAACCUAGUCAGCAAGACUUGGAAGAGAUUUGUCGCAUGAUGGGUGUUGAAACCAAUAGUAUCAAUUGGAGAGACGGUAUUCACAUUCCAGGAGUCAUGGAGGGUGGCCUAAAAGCAAGACCUCAUCAAAUUGCUGGUGCCAACUGGAUCUCGACCACUCUGGAAUCGCCCCUUCGUGCUGCACUCCUGGCGGAUGAGUGCGGAACUGGGAAGACAGUUCAGAUCGGUCUGGCGCUUGCCAUUCACUAUUACCGUGUGAAAGCUGAGGUCGAGGCGGGAACUUUUAGACCUCGGGAUGGUAACAGAAGGUUCAAGCCAAGUAUCAUCCUCUGUCCCCCCGACCUCGCUUACCAAACGUUCAGAGAGUGGUCUCACUGGUUUCCGAGCUUCUUCAAAAUCCGCAUCUGCCAUAGUACAAAGUUUCUCACUGGUGACUUCUUCACCAAACUGCACAUCAUGGAUCACAAGUGUGGUCUUCAAGCUUGGGUCGAUCAGAAUGCCGCAUCUCACGAAGACAUCGAGACCCUUCGAAGCAUCGCAAUCGUCCCGUACUAUACCGCCAUGCGACGAAUGAUAUCUCGCAGGGACAAAGAAGAUGAUAACAAUAGUGAAGAUGGUGAGGUCAAUGGCAAUGGGUCUAGCAGUGGAAUAGGCAGUCAAGCGCAAGUCCAACCCGGGCGAAAGGGACGAAAGACCACCGCAAAAGAGAAGAUUGAGUUCAAGGUCACCGGACAGAGCUACAACUGGGUUAUUUGCGACGACGUCUAUCCCAUUCGGGGACCUCGUCCGCUAACUCACAAGCUGAUACAUCAGCUUGAGCACGAAGCUACGCUUGGAUAUGUCACCCUGCUGUGGAAGCGACAGUGGCCGUUUGUCUUUGGCGAUACCGACGGUGGUAUCAAUGCUCGGGUGUAUUUCCACGAGAGAGCUUGGCAGGCUAUCCAAGAUGGGGAAGAGUUUCAGGGCCUAAACAUCGAUCACAUUGUUCAACCGGAUCAUACAAUCGAUCCGGUGUCCGCCCGUGAUCUUCUGAUCAAGGAUGAGUACACCAGCUAUAUACGCGAAAAGAAGGGGCCUUUAUUUUUGAUGAACCCCGACCUUUUCCAGAAGUUCCGCGAAGAAAUUGAGUUCGAGCGGCCUGAGAUUGCACGAGAGGCCAUUCGACCUCUUCUGGAGAUUUUCUGUCUUCGUCGCGGAAUGUUGACACCGGCUAUUAUGCCCGACGGUACUUCCGUUGUGCCAGGCGAGGGCAUCUCUCAAAUGCGCAUCAGAACAGUGAUCCUCCAGCCCUACAACGACCAGGACCAGGAAGACUUGUAUCAAAUUGCAAAGCACCACUAUCCGGAUCUUUUCGCAGCCUCAAAUGAAGAUGAUGAACACAUUGGACACGGCACUGUCGACAAGGCCAAACUCACGUGGGUAAACCCAGCUGUCCUGCGGACAUUAGCUUUGUCGACCACUAACGUGGAGUUUUGGCCCCUGACCCAAAAGAGAGGUGAGGACGGCAAAACAACUUUUCUCAAUUCGAAGCCUAUUCAGAACUUGAUGAACAAGCCUCCGCAUAUAGACCGACUGCAGUCUUUCAGCCGUCCAGGAGCAGCGGCUACCACCGCUGCUGCGGACUCGGAAAACGUCGAAGAGAGCCUUUGGAGAGAUGGAGUGGGCGGCUUGCGAUGGUACUUUGGGCAAUUGAAGAUUGCCUAUGGCGACGAUAAUUUGGAGUUCCCUGAGACCCGUGAGGACAUCCCAAAAACGUUCUGUUCACGAAGUCCCAAGCUUUGCUGGACGAUUAACCGGGUUUUGGAGCUCAAGGCACAGGGAAAACGAGUUCUGAUCUUUGUCAACCAUCCCUUGACUUCCACGAUCUUGACAGCUUUGCUCACAAGCCUUUGUGUCGAGACACUGAAUAUUCGCAGCCGCCACACCGCCGAUCAGCGUGCCCGAAUGGUUCGUGAGUUCAACAAUCCUCAAAACCGCGGCGAAGCACUGGUCAUCUCAUUCCAGCUGGGCGGUUUUGGCCUGAACCUUCAGGGAGCCUGCCAUCAUGGCAUCAUCCUUGAAUAUCCGGAGAAUCUCCCUACCAUGCUGCAUGCCUUUGGUCGUCUUUGGCGAAUGGGACAGGAACAUGAGGUUCACUGGGACGUUCUCUACCUCGAGAACUCGUUCGACGGCUGGGUUGAUUCACGCAUGGCGUCCAAGUACGCUGAUAUCCUCGCGGCAGAGGGAGACAUUCCCGACAUGAUUCAGGGAGAGUACCGUGUCAUCUGCGGUUUCGAGCUGAUCAAGCGGUAUCUCGGACAAUCUAGCAAUCGCUACCCCAGAACUCGCAUCACCUGGUCCGAGCAGGACCAUCCCCUGGUAGCUCGAGAAGGCCAUUUCUACUCAGCGGUGGCGCAGUAUCUCAUGCAGAAUCCCCAACAUAUGACGAAGUUUCUAAACAGACGCCUGUAUGCCAUUGCUCGCCGCUGGACUCCGGAGCUCGGAGAGUUGACUCUUGACAUGAUCGAAGCGAGAUCUCCGGUUUUGGUAGAUGGGGUUGUCUUGGACUCGCGUAACCCUCUCACGCCUGGGUAUGUUGCAGUCAUGGAAACUGAUGAUCAUUAUCAUGAUCUCGAACAGAUUGACGAAAUCGAGUCGAAUUUGGCGGCUGAUCGAAAACGGUUGGACAUGGAACGGGAGCGACGAGUUUGAAAGGGAGAUUGGGGACAUGAAUGGUUAGUUUUGG